CGUCAAUCUACUUUACAUCAAAUCUUCAUCAAUAAGUUCAGCAGCAACAGCAGCAGCACAUCAUGAGCUGCGCACACUGUCAUCUUCAUCGCCCCGCUCCUCUGAUUGACAUACAGACUUUAGAGCCCCUCCCCGCUGAAGUUCGCAACCGGAUUUUCGUCCUUUAUCUCGAAGAUCCGGUCGACCGCCUGUGCGCUCCUCACCUCAUUGACUUUCUUUUGAUAUCACGUCGAAUGUACCAAGCGCAUGCUUGGAGACUUUACGAGAUCAUCAUGAUCAAUGACAAGAACUGCAAGACUUUUUUUAACGGGUUGUACGACUUGCGAGCAAGAACCAAGAAAAAGGAGGUAGUAGACGUGCUUCAUAACUGGUCGCCAAUACCAUACCAAACAAGUGAUUAUAAUUCAGAACGCAACAUCCCAGUGACUCUUCCCCAUAUUAUCCGCAAGUUUCGCCUGUUGCGACACUGUCGCUGUUUGGGCUUUGAAACCCAUACAGCGUACUUGCAAUUCGUCGAUAUCCUCGGCAAGCUAUACAAAUAUGUAGACAAACACAUCAAGGGUAUACAUGAUCUACACGAUUGGGCAGAAUGCGACUUCUUUCCAGGGAUGACCGAAGUUUCUUUUGGUCGUCAAUUCAUGGAGCAAUAUUUCGAGACUAAAUCUACCGACCUGACAGAAAAAGCAGACUCUCUUAAUUUCCGCCCUCGCACGCGACUUUGGGAGUCGAUGCAUGUGAAACACGUCUGCCUGUUUAUGCCGGAAUGGAGAGCCGAUAUUCCUAUGUGGCCUAAUUAUGGAUUCAUAAGUGAUCCAUAUCUUGCUUAUCGUUUUCGUACGGCGGCGCUGUUGGAAUACAUCGGGUUUUUGGGCCCUGAAGGGGGCCCUGAAGGAAGCAGUUGUAACUUACACAACGCUCACAUGGAGGUCCUGAAAUCAGGUUGGGAGGCCGAUGAAGUGACCUUUGACCUGGCGCCUGAGGAGUUGGAAGAUCUUGAGGAUCGGGGGGAAUCUCACCUGGAUGAGAUACUAGAGUAUUCUAUCUUUUUGUUCAGUCAAUACCUGGUAAAUGAAAGAAAGGCGUCGAGCGAACAGCAGCCAUAUCGUAUCCGUUUUACCAAUUACGGUACAUGUUAUCUUUCUUCUGAUAAGCGCCUGCGUAAAUUGAAACGCGAUGAAGAAGGCAUGGACUUGAUGGACUAUGCGAAUGAAGAGCUUCAGUCCGUUUUGGACUCUUGUGAUUUUUAUGAGGGACAAUCCGUCAAAGUGAAAGGUAAUACCGGAGGUUGUAGGGUGUGCAUACAGAUCACGAAGAACAAACGCACUAUUGCACUUAACGUGUAGCCUAAUCCGAAGGUACACAUUGGGCGAGAGAGCAGAGAAAUAUCAUCGGCCAUGGCGGAACAUAUUUAGGGUACCAAGAUGGUCGUUUGGUCAAACCAGAAUUUUUUUAGUCGCGACCUACCGUUGAAGAUGAGUCGACUCAUCUCCAUAUCGCACGCCAGUCUGAAAAAAAGAAGAAAACUCAAAAGCGUCUAUCUCAUCUUAUCAGUACUAUCAAAGACAGAGCUGACUCGGGAAUGGUAGAUCUCUUUUUACUUGAGACGAUACUGCGGCAUCAAGAUGGUCGGGAUUGCCUCAGGAAGAGUUGGUGGUGCAGAUCAAAUGUGUAGUGCUGAGAGGGUUACAUCAGUCGUCAGGAAAGUUGCCCGCCUCGUACAAAAUGUGAUCCGAAUGGAUGCUUCCUAUAAUUUCGAUGCCCGAUUUUUCCUUUCUGUUUUACUUUUCAGGUAUGUACACAUACUUUUAUUAGUAGCUGCAGACAUGCAAAAAAAUACUUCCAUAC